AUGUUGCCGCCAGGAGCCUUUUCUGCCGACGGAGAUGGGUCGCCCGACUUUGGUCCCGCCCACGAUGACCAGAUGCUUUCCUCAGAGGAAGAGGAGCUGGGCCUUGACUACUCAGACCCCGAAGCUGGAGACGGCACCGAACUGAAGCACGGUGCGACUGCAGCGGCGGAUGCGAGCGCCGACGAGGAUGGCAAUGGCAUGCUUCCCCGCGACAAGCAGCGCCGAACCGCCUUUUAUGACUAUACGGCUGACAAGCAAAUGAGCCACACCGAGGCCAAGCAGUUCUACCAGCGUCAUCAGCUCGAGACUCAGUAUGGGGGUUCACAGGCGGGAGACGUGUAUAGCCCUGCCAUGCGGGCAAAGACGUUUCCCGUCACCAUGGGCGCCACAGAUGGCGUUGACUUUCUCAGCACAGCUGAGAGCGUGCGGUCGCGGAAGAGCAACGUGAGCCAUGCCCACCAAGGGCACCGGUCCAACCUACCCAUCGGCUUGUCACACACAGAACAGUCACAGGAGCCACGCCGGCACAUGACUCAACAUGGCGCCAAUGCUGCAGGUACCUACGACGACGGUGACACCUUUCUGCAUGCCGAUCAAAAGGCUCGUUCGCAUGCCCAGCACCCCGCCCUCCCGCACGAGGAAAAGCCUCUUCUGGCUGAAGAAGGUAUACACGGCGCAGGCGCAGGUAUUGGUGUUGGAACAGGAGCCGGAGGCUUUGCCAUGUCGGAUUCCAGCAUCACAGCGGAGCUUAGCUCAAUCUACACAAACAUCCAAAAGGUGCUGGACCUACGUCACAAGUAUAUUCGCUUGUCUUUGCAACGCAGCUUCGACAACCCCAAAGAUGACCCCGCUUGGCGCAUCUACCCAUCUCCCCCUGAACCCGUAUGGAACGACCUUUCCAAGGAGCGCCGCAACGCAGGCACUAGCAGCAUGCAGAAUAGUGGCGUUUUGGAGCCAUCUGAGCCACCUAAACCACCUCGCAAAAUGGGUACCAACAUUGGCGAGGACUUUCACUUGGAAGAAUGUUUGCCAGUACCGGGUCCUGGAGAGAUGUCGUUUCGUCUGGACGAUAGCGGUGUAUAUCAAGUGUAUGAGACGGCCAAAUCCGCUGAGCUCGACACGCCUAUUGUGUCUAUUCCCACAUUGCGUGAAUUUUACAUCGAUCUCGACUCAAUCCUUGACAUUUCCUCGGAUGGUCCUAGCAAAAGCUUUGCUUUCCGUCGGCUGCAGUAUCUGGAGGGAAAGUUUAACCUUUACUACUUGCUGAAUGAGUACCAAGAGACGGCCGACACGAAAAAGGUCCCCCAUAGAGAUUUCUACAACGUGCGAAAAGUCGACACUCACGUUCACCAUUCGGCGUGCAUGAACCAAAAGCAUUUAUUGCGCUUUAUCAAGUCCAAGAUGAAGAAGUCGCCAGAUGAAGUAGUCUUGUUCCGUGACGGCAAGCAUCUCACACUGAGAGAAGUGUUUGAAUCGAUUAAUCUGACAGCCUACGAUUUGAGUAUCGACACAUUGGACAUGCACGCGCACACGGAUUCGUUCCAUCGUUUCGACAAGUUCAAUCUAAAGUACAACCCCAUUGGCGAGUCACGUUUACGAACCAUCUUUCUCAAGACAGACAACUUUGUCAAGGGCCGAUAUCUAGCUGAGAUUACUAAGGAAGUCAUUUCGGAUCUGGAGGCGAGCAAGUACCAAUUCGUCGAGUGGCGCAUCUCAAUCUAUGGCCGCGACAUUGACGAGUGGGAUAAACUUGCAGCCUGGGUGGUUGAUAACAAGCUCUUUUCGCCCAACGUACGCUGGCUCAUCCAGGUCCCUCGUCUGUUUGACGUGUACAAAGCCACUGGUCUCAUGGACAACUUCCAACAAGUCAUUGUCAAUGUCUUCCAGCCUCUGUUCGAAGUCACCAAAGAUCCCUCAAGUCACCCCAAGCUACACAUCUUCCUGCAAAGGGUCAUUGGUUUCGAUAGUGUCGAUGAUGAGAGCAAAGUCGAGCGGCGUGUGUACCGAAAGUUCCCAUUUCCAAACGAGUGGUCCACAAAGCAGAAUCCUCCGUACAGCUACUGGAUGUAUUACUUGUUCGCCAACAUGUCAUCGCUCAACGUUUGGAGGAAACAACGAGGCUUCAACACGUUCCUUCUCCGCCCACAUUGCGGAGAGGCUGGUGACACUGACCAUUUAGCAGCAGCAGUUCUUUGCUGCCACAGUAUCAGUCACGGUCUCUUACUUCGAAAGGUGCCUCUUCUCCAAUACAUUUUCUAUCUCGAGCAGAUUGGUGUUGCCAUGUCUCCAUUAAGCAACAACGCGCUCUUUCUUGCAUACGAGCGAAACCCUUUCUUGAGCUACUUUAGACGCGGCCUCAACGUCUCGCUCUCAACAGACGACCCCCUCCAAUUCGCAUUCACCAAAGAGCCGCUCAUCGAAGAAUACUCCGUCGCCGCGCAAAUCUACAAACUAAGCGCCGUAGACAUGUGCGAGCUAGCCAAACACUCCGUCGAGCAGAGCGGCUUCGAACACGUCGUCAAGCAAAAAUGGCUAGGAGGGAACUACCAUCUCCCCGGCGUCGCCGGAAACGACAUGGCGCGAUCGAACGUACCCAGCAUCCGCGAAGCCUUCCGCCACGAAACCCUCAUGGGAGAACUAGCCAUGAUCGACCGCUACACGCGCGCCGCCCAAUCCGCACUCACACGCUCCAACCUCCAACCCGGCGUCCCGCAAACUCCCAAAUCUUUCCCCCAAGGUCCCACUUCCCCCACCAACCCUUCCGCCACUGACCCAGCAUCUCAACCCCUGUUUUCCAGACUCCCCCCUGCAAUGGCCUCGCGCCUUAAACCCGCUGCUACACCUUCUGUCGUCACAGACUCGGCUAGUCUACUAGGCCACGCGCCUUCUUCUCCCCCCGACACUUAG